AUGGCGCUUUACGGAACCUCAAACACCCUGAUGUGCAGGGCGUUCCCCACGAUUCUAAGGGGGCCAGCCCGUGCAUGGUAUAGCAGUCUGAAGCUUGGGGCGAUCACUUCCUUCGAUCAGCUCGCCAGGGACUUUGAGCUUAACUUCUUAGCCUAUGCCCGGCCGAAGCCAUCCGUUGCACUGCUCCUCGGACUCAACCAAAGGGAGGACGAGCCCCUCUCACAUUUUGUGGAUCGCUUUGCCACGCAAAUCCGGGAUUUGUUGGACGCUCAUCCCUCUCUGUUAAUGCAGGCAUUUAUGAUAGGCUUGCAACCUUCCAGAUUUUCCUGGUCCCUCGCGGAGCGACCCCCCAUCGCGGUACUAGAGAUGCUCCAGCGGGCUAACCAGUACAUCGUGGCGGAGGCCUGGAUGGCCGUGAGGAGGUGGAGCGACUUUUAG